UCGUACUGAGACAAUGGUUAAAAUUGUGUAAAAAAGGAUUGUGUGAAAGUGUCUUAUUACCGUUUUAUGGUUGUAGGAUUUCGAGAAUACUUUAUAGCAAUCAAGUCAGCAAGCAAUCUCUGGAAAGUGGAGAGGGAAGGGAGAAAAUGACUUAAAGAAAUGAGUUCUUGUUCCAUUCAAUAACAUGAUACCAAAACUAUGAUAUUCUCUCCUAAAAUCUGGAAAAAAAAUUGUUCUUACUUAGAUUUAUUCCUCAAUCAUCAUGACUUAAGCUAAAAUGUGGAUGGAAGAUUCAAGGCAGGCUCUAGACUAAAAGGAGGAUGGAGGAUCUUGGUGUCUUUGGCUGUGUCACAGUCUUAGCUCGUCGAAUUUGAGCCUGAUAUUAUAAGUGAUUGACUAAUAUAUGGAUCAAAAUGGUUCUCGUUUUCUUAAACUUUUCCGUGCCACAAGUUACCGUCUAAACAUAGAUCUCUUUAUACCCCAAACCGAGUUUCAUUAUAUUUUGAUUGUGGCACACGGUUUGGCUUUUGUUCAACUUUUAUUUUACAGGAUCUAUGGUUUCACUUUGUUUAAUUCCUUUCUGCUUCAUGAUCUGGCUGACACCAUUACCCACCAACCAUGUUAUAUCAUGCCCUUACUUGCUUUUCCCAUUGAAAUCAAAUCACAAAUCCAGCUUAUGAGAGUAAAAUAGAGCCAAAGAAGGAAGGAAGGACGAAAGUGGGUGAAAGGUAGAAAAUCAAAGGCACAUGAAGAUUAUGAUGAUAAUGUGAGAGUGAUCAUGAAAACAAAAGAGAAAAGGUAGGCAGACGAUUAUUCCCCACCACCCCACGGACACGUCCACUAAAAGCAAAAGGGGAUCAUUUUAUAUGCUUCUCUGUUCUUCAAAUGUGGUCGAUACUCCAUGGAAGGGAUAAUGCAAAUCUUACUAGUCGAUAGAUUUUGGUGGGAGUUGUAUGGAUCCGAAUCGAUUCAGAAUCGAAUUUGAUGAAUGGAGGAGUGUUGAUUAUAUAAGUAUUUUCGUUUUGUAAAUGGGUCAAAAUCAUUGUGAUCACUUAUCGAUAUUAGUUGAUAACUCAUUAUAACAAACAACGGAUCGAACAAGGAUAGAUUAGAUAGUAGGGAUGAAAGUAACAUAUAAGUUAUUCAAGUGCAGGAGCAUAUAAAUAUAUAAUACUAGCUAGGUUUGAGUUCUUCCAUAAAUAUAUUAGGUUAAAUGGCGUCAAGCAUACAUCAUAUCUAUAAUAACCAAACCCUAGUACUAAAUCAAGAACUAAUUAUCCAGACUAAUUUUAAGAAAUCAUUCCACCUCCAUAACCACGAAUUACCAUUCAUAUCGUUUUAGCCAUAUUAAUCACCACGAGGCACCGAACAAAAAGGAGGGGAAAUUGCUAGGUAUUUCCCCCUAAAGGUGCAAACAAUAGAUAGCCCACAUUCUUUGAGGAAAGAUUGAAUGAAAUGGAACCAAGUUUUUUAUUCAAUUAUUUUCUUUUUGUCCUAAUCAAAUAUGCUGCUGCUGAUGAUGAUGAUAAUGACAAGGAAAUCAGUGUUUCUUCAGUCUCUGGCAUGACUCAUCUGGGUUCCACCUUAGUGACGUCGAGCAACUAUUUCCUUUUGAAACUUUCAAUAGUGGGAGAGAUGUCUAGAUCGUCCAUAUAAAUUUUAUGGGAUAUAUGUAAUAUUGACUGUUAUAUAUUCUUAUGGUCUCCUUAAGGAGCAUCACUAGGGAACUUAAACCUCAUAUCUAAUUAUACACGCCAAAGCUAGCAACUUCAAGGUCUCGGUCAAACAUGGUUGUUAAUAUUGUAUUGAAGAUGGAAACCCAGUUAGAUCACACACUAUAUAUCAUUUACAUGAUAUGACGUAGUUAAUAUAUGACUAAUAUGAUCGUCAUAAAAAAAAGAGUUUUACCAUUCACAUUAUGACUUCUUAUUAGCACAAUAUGCAACGGAGUAAAAAAUGUAAUGUAUAUCAUAUGUUCGACUUUGUCCACUUAGAAUAAUUGGAAAAAAAAAUUUGUGAAGAAUAAUGUCCAACCGAACAUUGCUCAAUCGAUGGAGAAGCUACAAACUGGUUUUAAUUAGGAGAGUAAUGUACUGACAAACUGGGCAUUACUCGAACCAUUGCCUUCCAUUCCGUCCCAAUUGGUACAUCGAUCUAUUUAUUACACUGCAAGAAAAAAGACACCCAUAAUUAAAAAUCUCUAGACCUCAAAUUGACAUCCUCAAAAUCAUCAUCUUAUUGCUGAUGAUAUCACUAAACCAAUGAGCCAUUAGUAUUCAUUCCAUUCAACACACAAGUAGCUAGCUAGUAGAAGAAUUUUCUUCCUAGGGGCCUAUUUGCUAACCUUAUAAAGGCUAAGUCUUAUGUGGAAAUCACUUAAGAUGAUGAUCUCAAUCCCCAUUGCUUUCUAACCAUUAACUUUUUUUUUGGUUUCACAAUUCCCCUCCGCACCUCUUUUGGAAUAAUUCCCAUCCCUCUUUUCAGUAAAACAGUUGAAGAUAAGGGGAAGUGGGUGUGCCUUUAGCUAAUUGUAAUUAACUAGUUAAACCAAAGAGAAAGCACCAAUAUAAUAGAUUCUCCUUUUCUCUUCGUUCUCUUUCAAUUGCUUCUUUACAACCAUCAUUCCUCAUUCUCCAUUCUCAUUCAUUCUUUUCCGUUUGAACCCAAGAUGUGGGUAGCCACCAAGAUUUAGCUUUCACGAGAGAGAGAGGAAAACGGAGAGAAUCGAAAUAGUAAGAUACAAAGAUUGAUACGGUAUGCUCUACGGUUUAUUUUGACAAUCCAUCAACGAAUAAAAAAGUACCAACAAAUAUGUCAGAUACAUGGUUUCUGCUGUGCAACAAAUUAUUACUAUGCUAUGUCUUGAUUAUCAUAAGAUAUAUAUAUGUCAUACCAACGAGCAUCCAACUUUAUAAAUUCCUCAUCAUCAACUUGUUAAUCAAAUAUUUUUUGCAUGUGACUUAUUAUAUUAUGGAGAGGUUGCUUUUUGGAAUGGGGAGGGGUCAGCUAUGGGUUGGUCGGUAUGGGUCGACCCGACACACUGGUUUAGGCGCGGGAAAUCUCCCACAGAACAGAAGAACCACCCCUUAUAUUCUCCAAAAUAACGGUUCUGCCACUAGAGAAGCCCGAAACCGCGUCACUCGAGAUCCAGGUGGGGGAAACCGCGGCCCAUGGUUUCUUCCCGGCCCGUUCGUUAGUAAGUAAACGGUAGUCAGUGACGUUUUUUUUGGGUAUUGCGGGUCCCUUUCCCCGCGGCUUUCCUUCUCAUAGCUCGUGCAUGUGUUUUUUGACCUCGUUUUCAUAGUUAGUAAGUUCGAGCUCAACCUUCCAAAGUUCCACGUGAAAUGAAAUCGUAUUGAUCGUAUCUCAACCUCUCUCGAUAAAUCGAGUGAGUGAAACCAGUUGAUCCCAAUAACUCGAGUUGUUGGGGGAGGUUCAAUCGUGGAUCAUAUACUAACACGCCCCCUCAAACGAAAGCCACUCACAACUCACAAGGACUCGAAGUUUGCACAGGUCUUAAUACCAUGUGAUAUAACAAAUGGGGGCUAUCGGGAAUCGAACACAAGACCUCUCGGUCACAGAAGGCUCUGAUACCAUGUCAAGAACUAGUUGAUCCCAAUAACUCGAGUUGUUGGGAGAGGUUCAAUCGUGGAUGAUAUACCACACACUAACACAUUGUGCAUAAGAUAUUGAUACAACUUUCUCAAUUCGGUAUAUAACUCGUUACAUUUAUGUCUAACCGAUUGUCUCGGUGUAGGUAUAUAUCAUUUGUGUUUUAGCAUACUAUUAGUAUAAUAAUUAGUUGCUGGAAUUUUAUGAUUUAGGGGCUAUAGUGAACAUGUUUGAUAAGAUGUGACUGUGGUAGUGGAUAUGAAGAUUUUGUCAUUGAUUACAUCUUGCUUAGCUAAUAACUAGAAGGGGAAAAAAUGUCAAAUACUAUAUAGAAAUCAUUGUUUCAAUUGAAUAUAUAGUAUUAGAUGAAUCAUGUUAUAAUCAUUGAUUUUGGUCUGCUUAGUUUAUUUGUAAGCUUGUGAAGUUGGGUUGUUAGGAUAAUAUAAACUAAUUAUGUAUUAUAGGAUUGGAUUUUUAGGAAGAAAAAUCAACAGCAUGGUCUUCUUUUAUUCUAAACACUUAUGGGGAUGAUAUUGGGUGGUUGGGCAGUGGGCGUGCAUGCCUCAAAUACUUUUGUAACCCAAUUCAAUUGACGGCGAGAAAUGUCGCACCUCAAUAAAUCAAAUUAUGAGUAGUAUGUUAAAAGACGAACCUCAUAUUAUUUUGUUAUACGUAUUGUUCAAUUGAAACUCAAUAUACAAAGUCACAAACUCAUAACUAGCUGAUUUGAUAGACUCUUCAUGCUAUAUAAUUGAAUCGAUUGUUAAUAUUAUGAGUCAUUAACAUUGGCACGUUGUUAAUAGUAUGACAAUUUAAAAAUACUGAAUGGAAUUUUGGACAUUUUUAACAAUAAAGAAAACCAUAGAAUUUCCGAGUGAAAAAAAUGUAACAGUAAUGCUGCCGUACACGGUGACGGUAAAACGUUUGUUUUUAUUCCCCGCGCCAAGUUCUAGAAUUGAAAGCGCCAAAAGAAAAAUCCCCGCACACGUUGCGAUGGCAGCAAGCGUAAAUCCUUCGGUCGUCCAGGGGCAUUUGCCGCUAACCAGAGAUGGCGAGUAUUGUUAAAUAACCAACCCAGCCUCCAUUAAAAUACUCUGGUAGAAGCAAGCAAACCUGGAGUCCCGAAUGAAUUGACAGAGUAAUUGAAUGAAUUGAGAAAGAAAAGCUAGAAAGCAAGUAACUAGAAGACGCAAAAGCCGACACUCCGCUGUUAGCUUGACUCGAGAAGAGGAGAAUUAUCUGUACCAGAGAGACAGCCCAUCCUGCGGAGAAUUUAGGUGAGGAAGUGGAGCCACUGCUCGUCAUUUUGCAAUUUCUCAUCUGGGUUUUGCUUUACUCGGCUUAGAUUGUCUUCAAAUCCUGUUUCUUGUCUGGUUCCCAUUGUGAUUCUGUGUUCAAGUUCGUUUCUUUGUGAUGGGUUGAAGGAGUUUUGAGAUGGGUUUUGGUUGGGAGUUUUGGGGUUCAUGAGAUUGAAUCGAAAGUCUAGUGUUUUCUUCCUUUAACGCGUUGUUGCAGUUGCUUUCUGGGUUCUGAUUUUUGGAACUCAGAAAUUGAUUUUUUUCUGAGAAUGACCUCUGACUAGAACUCAUCGAGAGCAGAUUUUGUCCUUCAACCUUUCCUUUUCUGUUUCUUCUAGUGCGGUUUACAUUUCCUCCGUCCAGCUUUUGUAGAUUACUUUAGUGAAUUCUGAAGAUUUCAGAUUUUGGUUCUACCCAUCCCUUUGCUAUUUACCUAAGUUGCUUUCAUUUAAGCAAGUAAGGUAAAAUCUUCCCCAAUUUCUGGAUCCAUGAUUAGGUGGCUUCAUUCCUGUCCUUAUCUGCCAAGAAUUCUGGUGCGUACGGUUGUUUGAUUGAUAGCAUAGCUGCAUAGGCUUAUCCCUUUUGCUUAUGUGUGGUUAAUGUUUAAGUUUAGUAAUCUGGUGUCCUGAAAUACAGUGGUGUUUUAGGAAAUGAUUGGUUUUUGAAGUCCUGUGAAUCAUGUUUGAAUCAGAAAUCGUUUUCUCGCCUUGAUGUUGAGUUAGGGUGACUCCGUGUGAAGAUACGAUGGCUUAGUGAACCACACUGGCUAUUUUGAUUCGUAUUUUCCUUCAUUGUUGAUCAUGGUUCAUCAAUUCAUUAGAAAUCAAUCAUUUCCACCCGUAAACUUAGACCUUGUUGUUAAUGGUUGCCUGUUUUGGAUUGACCAGCUUUAUGGUCAAUUGCUUUGCUGGUGACCAUCAUCAGCAAGCAUAUCUUGUUUUUGUAAAUCUUUUGUUCACUGUUUGUUUGACAAUUCGAGAAGAAUUUUGGGGGGAAAUUUCUUGGGUCCAGCAUCCAUUAAUCCAUAUACUGUUUGUUAGCCAAUUGAAAUAUGACCCUAGUGGUUUUAUCCAGCUUUGUUUCUUCCAUCUAUCCUGGUCAAAUGUGUCUUCUGCAUCACGUGCUUUGCAAUCUGUUUGUAUCAAAUGUUCAUGCUGUAUACCUAGUCUUACGAAUUCUCUCUUCUUGCAGACAUCGAAGAAGCCCCUUCCAAUUCACCCCCUAGAGAGAGCCACUGGUGCUGCCUGGUGAUUUUGCUCAAAAGAGGCUCAUUGCUUGCCUGAGUUUUUCAAGUCAUUCCGUGCAUUCCUUUUAAGAUGACAACAUCACAGAAGCAUCGAAGAGGCUCAGCAGCCAUCCAUGGCUUUUACCACCAACCCACAAAAGACACCGACCCGGACAGUCUCUCUCGGAUCCAACUCCUUGACGAGAGCAUGUUCUCGGUUGACACAAUUCAAGGCUCCACCAUUUCCUUCCAAACCUACAAAGAUGAAGAAUACUUCACCCUCGAAUCAUCCCCAGCAACCACCAUCAGUAACUUCUUCGUCUAUGAUUCACCAGCUGCGAGUGUCUCCUCUGGCAGCAGAAGCCCUAUCUCCCCACAAGCCUCACAUUCUUGCCUCACUGAUCCUCGCCAUUCUCCUGAUAAUACUUAUGGCUCUCCUGUGAGUGGAUCAUCCUCUGCUGACGAAGACCAUUUCCUCCGUCAGAAGCUUCGCGAGAUGGAGAUGUCACUAAUGGCUCCCGAAUCUGAAGCCACAGACAGCUGCAACUUCUGCUUCGCCGGUGCCACCCACCACCAAGCUGACUCAUCUUUUGCCACCUCGAUGAUCCCCAAGCUAGACAUCAAGCAAGUCUUGGUAGCAUGUGCUCAAGCAGUUGACAUAGUCGACAUCAACAGAGCAGCAGGGCUAAUGCAUGUCUUGGACCAAAUGGUAUCGGUCUCCGGAGACCCAAUUCAACGAGUUGGCGCUUACAUGCUUGAAGGCCUUCGAGCGAGAUUAGAGCUCUCAGGAAGCAAAAUCUACCGAGCAUUGAAAUGUGAUUCUCCCAUAAGUUCGGAUCUCAUGUCAUACAUGGGGAUACUCUAUCAGAUUUGCCCCUACUACAAGUUCGCCUACGCGUCAGCCAAUGCAGUCAUUCGAGAAGCAAUCCAGUACGAGCCGAGAAUCCACAUCAUCGACUUCCAGAUAGCUCAGGGAAGUCAGUGGAUCCCAAUCAUCCAGUGGCUAUCACAACGUCCAGGUGGGCCGCCAGUACUUCAUAUAACCGGAGUCGAUGAUUCUCAAUCAGCUUAUGCUCGUGGAGGCGGGCUGCACAUAGUUGGCCAGAGGCUCUCCCAGCUUGCAGCCUCACUCAACGUGCAGUUCGAGUUCCAUGACACAGCAAUGACGGGUUGUGAAGUCCAUCGGGAGCAUCUGAUGGUCCAACCAGGUGAAGCAGUGGUGGUCAGCUUCCCGUACAUCCUCCACCACAUGCCAGAUGAGAGUGUCGACACGUGGAACCACAGGGACAGACUCCUCCGACUAGUGAAGAGCCUCUCUCCUGUGGUUGUAACUUUGGUUGAGCAGGAGUCGAACACAAACACGACUCCCUUCCACCUCAGGUUCCACGAGACACUGGACUACUACACAGCCAUGUUUGAGUCGACUGACGUGGCUCGACCGAGAAACGACAAGGAGAGGAUCAACGCCGAGCAGCAUUGCGUUGCCAGAGAUAUUGUGAACAUGAUUGCCUGCGAGGGUAGCGAGAGGGUGGAAAGGCACGAGCUUUUGGGGAAGUGGAGGUCGCGGUUUCAGAUGGCCGGAUUCCAGCAGUGUGGGUUGAGUCCUGCGGUGAGUGGUGCAGUGAGAGAGGUGCUGCAGGAGUAUGAUAGGAAGUUUAGGGUUGAGGAGAGGAAUGGUGGGUUGUAUCUUUACUGGGCAAGAAGAGCUAUGGCCACUUGUUCAGCUUGGAGGUGAACGAUGAGGAUACCCCAUUACAAUUAGGUGAUGAAAAAAUGAUGGCAUCUGUAAAUUCUUUUUGGUCAAGGUGUUUUCGUUGUCUGUUUUUUAAAGGGUAAUGAAAUGAGAUUAGCCUGUUGUGUUUUCCUGAUGCAGAAAAUGUAUGUUGAGACGGAAUGUUUCGACCUUGAUUGGCCAUUUUUACAGAUUCUGGUCCUGGUUCUGCAAGGAACAAUCGGUUUCAUUUCCUUUUCACCAUCACCCAUAGUGAGACUUGUGUACUGAGAACAAACAAAUACAGGGACCAUAUUGAACCUACGCAUAAAUUCAGUGAUCAUCA